GAUCAAAGGAGCUCUGUUUUGUUUUCGCAAAAUCGGCAACAAACCUUUUCCCUUCCACCAAAGAACAACAACAAAAUCAGCCUCUUAAAAAAGGAUAAUCAACUACAGGGAACUGCUUUGCGAUUCAACCCGUGGCCCGUGAAAAGCUGGCGAAAAAAGUGUAAAUUAUGUGCGCCAUGCUUUAAUAAACUUUAAAUUUGCACCGUCUGUAUCGAUGUGCUGUGCGCCGAUGUCUGAUUAUUGUACGAAAAUGGCUCUUCUGGACGAUACCAACGGUAACACGGUUAACAUAAACAACCAGCCUGUUGCGGAAGCUGCCGGGGACGGGUGUACCGUUGGUGCGGCGAUGGCACCAACAACAGCCAAUUCCGUCACGAUGCUACACUCACCGUCGAACGACGAUCUGAGCCAAAGUUUGUCCGAGUACACGGACGCCGAUGAAAGCAUAUCAGCCCCAACCGAACUGUUGGCGGAAUUCCUGUCGGCCAUUAUGAUCCGUGACUAUGUAAAUGCGCUUAAGUACUGCAAGCAGAUACUACAGUACGAGCCCAACAAUACGACUGCACGCGAUUUUUACCCACACAUCCUUUCCAAAAUCAGUGAAAUGCAGAGCAACGAGCUGUCGGGUGAGAGUGACGAAAACUACAACUUCAACUGCAGCUCACCUUUAGCUUCAUCAGCUUCGUCGCCAUCUUCCCGUUCCGUUUCCUCGUCGCCGGCAUCGUCCCGUUCGUCCUGCUCCUCAUCUUCAUCGUCCUCAUCCGGUUGCGAUAACAUCGACGAAGUUAUCAUGGUGUGCAGCAGCGACAGUGACGAAUCGUCCGAGGCGUGCUGCUCGUUUCCGGAUUCGAUUGGCAAUGAGGACGAGGGUGUGAAAGGCUACAUUCCACAGCAGGAAGCACCGGAAGCAGCUGAAGGUGACAGCUCUCUUCCGUUGGUGCAGGAAGCGGCAAUAGCGGUCGGGACGGUUGCAUUGACAGGUUCCCGUUCGCUGAGUGACAACAACACGUCCCAGUCUUACUCGAGUCUGCUGCUGGAGGACGAGGAAAAGGACCUUACCCUGUCCGACAUUUCGAAUCUCAACAUCGAGGAGGAUGAAACAUCGAACGAUUGUGGCGGUUCGCUGGAGAACAGCUACACACCGCUGGACGUGACUGCGCCGGUGGUAAAACCGGUCCCGACGACGAAUCUUGCUUCUGCCACGGUAUUUGCCUCACGGCUUGUGGCAAUGCUACGGUCUAAAGUAAUACCAUCCAAGGCGGCAGGCGAUUGAUUCAUUUGAGCGCAACGCGCCUACAGCUAGUACAGGUGCAGUGUAAUGCAACUUUCGGUAGAUUGUUUUGCGUUUCGCUUCGUUUAUAGAUCUCAGUACGGCUUGGCGUGCGGGAUAUGUUGAAACAGUCCCGCAUCCUUCGUAUGCUAUUUAGAAAAGUACAACCCAAGAACUAAAUAUGAUUCGUACAAAAAACACUCUGAUACACUGACUAUAUAGCUUAAGAGCACCUAGACUAGUUCAGUAUUUAUUUGAAAACUUAUACGUAUUUAAGCGACGCUCUUAUCGGAAGAUAUUAGGUGGGUGAUGAGAAGAUUUGCACAUUUGCUUCCUAUCUUUCCCGUCCAGCCAAUUUGUGCUCUAAUUUUGACGUAUUUGUUUUGUCCUGCUACUAGUUCGCUUUCGGCAGCAGAUAUUCAGUGCUGAGUGGUUUUCGUAUCAUAUUUCGCAUUUCUCCUUUACAUAUUUAUAUACCCAGUAUUCAGUCUCAUCAUUAUACAAGCAAGGGAAGCAAAACGGAGGGUAAACACGAAUAUAUGAAUUCCUGUUGCGAUGCAAAUCAACGAGAUAUGAAGGGAACAAGUAGAUCGACCUUAGCUACAUUAGGUACGUACAGCUGAAGAAAGAAAACAAACCAAACCAUUCCAAACACCUAGUCAACAUACACAACCGUAUUCGUAACAAUCGUUUUCGUUACACCAUUAUUACUACACACGUACAUCAGAAUGCGUACGAGAUCUCUUAAAGACUUAGGUAUACUUCCGUACAGUAUCCUUCAUUCGGGGAAAAGGGCAACGUGCAGGAUAAAUAGUGAACAUUUAGCCUCUGAAGCGCGGACGAAAAACACGGUAUACACGAGCAAAAUAAUACACAACAAAAAAAAACAGAAAAAGGAAACAAUAUUUUAUAUUUGUAGUGAUAUAAGGAUAUGUAUUUGUUUUGUGGAAACAGGCCAGAGAACAAAGCAAACAAAAUGGUACUAAUCAUACAUAUUUGUGCACUAGUCAUCGUUGUAUAAUUGUGUGAACAAUGAAUCGGAAAAGGAAAUA